GCGAGGAGGUGGAGGAGGAGGAGGAGGCGCCGCUGCGGCCGCCGCCGCCGCCGCCGCCAACACCACCGACGCCAACGGGGCUUUCCCGCUUGCUCCCGAUGGAGUUUGAGGCCGCGGAGCCGCAGCCGAGCCGUGCCCCGGGGAGAGGAGGCGCCUUCGUCGCCGAUCCCCGUCACCGCCGUCGCCCCGGGGCUCCCCGGAGCGGCCCGUAGCGACCCCGCCCGGGCCCUCAGCUCACACAACACUACACAGUGAAAUAAUGGUCUGCUAGACUGCUAAACAAGCAUCCAGUUUCCACAAUGCCUGUGCAGGCUGCUCAGUGGACAGAAUUCCUGUCCUGUCCAAUCUGCUAUAAUGAAUUUGAUGAGAAUGUGCACAAGCCCAUCAGUUUAGGUUGUUCACACACCGUCUGCAAGACCUGCUUAAAUAAACUUCACCGAAAAGCAUGCCCUUUUGACCAGACUGCCAUCAACACAGACAUUGAUGUGCUUCCUGUAAACUUUGCACUUCUCCAAUUAGUUGGAGCCCAGGUACCAGAUCAUCAAACAGUAAAAUUAAGUAAUCUAGGAGAGAAUAAGCACUAUGAGGUUGCAAAGAAAUGUGUUGAGGAUUUGGCACUCUACUUAAAGCCACUAAGUGGAGGAAAGGGUGUUGCUAGUUUGAAUCAGAGUGCACUGAGCCGUCCAAUGCAAAGGAAACUGGUGACUCUUGUAAAUUGUCAACUUGUGGAAGAAGAAGGUCGUGUAAGAGCCAUGCGAGCAGCACGGUCACUUGGGGAAAGAACUGUAACUGAACUGAUUUUACAACACCAGAACCCUCAGCAGUUGUCUGCCAAUCUAUGGGCUGCAGUCAGGGCUCGGGGAUGCCAGUUCUUAGGACCAGCUAUGCAAGAAGAGGCCUUAAAGUUAGUAUUGCUGGCCCUGGAAGAUGGUUCUGCUCUAUCAAGGAAAGUUUUGGUACUUUUUGUUGUCCAAAGACUGGAACCAAGAUUUCCUCAGGCAUCAAAAACAAGUAUUGGUCAUGUUGUGCAGCUACUGUAUCGUGCUUCUUGUUUUAAGGUCACAAAAAGGGAUGAAGAUUCUUCUCUGAUGCAGCUAAAGGAAGAAUUUAGAAGUUAUGAGGCAUUGCGAAGGGAGCAUGAUGCCCAGAUAGUUCAUAUUGCUAUGGAAGCAGGGCUUCGUAUAUCACCAGAACAGUGGUCUUCACUUCUCUAUGGUGAUUUGGCACAUAAAUCACAUAUGCAGUCCAUCAUUGAUAAGCUUCAGUCUCCAGAAUCCUUUGCAAAGAGUGUCCAGGAGUUGACAAUUGUUUUGCAGCGUACGGGUGAUCCAGCAAAUCUAAACCGAUUGAGGCCUCAUUUGGAGCUGCUUGCAAACAUAGAUCCUAAUCCAGAUGCUGUCUCACCAACUUGGGAGCAGCUAGAAAAUGCAAUGGUUGCUGUCAAGACCGUGGUGCAUGGACUUGUGGACUUUAUUCAGAACUACAGUCGUAAAGGCCAUGAGACACCACAGCCACAGCCAAAUAGCAAAUAUAAAACUAGUAUGUGCCGAGAUCUGCGACAGCAGGGGGGGUGUCCACGAGGAACAAAUUGUACAUUUGCUCAUUCUCAAGAAGAGCUUGAAAAAGAUAUAAUUUUUCCUCUGAGGACUGCUUUAGCUGCACCCCCAAAAUUUUGGUAUCGCUUAAGGAACAAAAAGAUCACAGCAACUGUACGAACGUUUCCUCUCCUAAAUAAAGUUGGCGUGAACAACACUGUCACAACCACAGCUGGAAAUGUCAUUUCUGUCAUAGGAAGUACUGAAACAACUGGGAAACUUGCUUCGAGUACCAAUGGGAUUUCAAAUGCAGAAAACAGUGUUUCCCAGCUAAUCCCCCGUGGUGCUGACACCACGUUAAGAGCUCUGGAGAAUGUGAAGAAAGUAGGGAAGGUUGGCUCCAGUGGUCAGAAUAUCUCUGGGGCUUCUGCAGAAUCUGUAACUGAAAAUAAAAUUGGUUCUCCACCCAAGACUCCUGUAAGUAAUGUAGCAGCUACCUCAGCUGGACCCCCUACUGUUGGAACAGAGCUGAGUUCUGUGCCUCCGAAAUCCAGCUCAUUUGUAACUAGAGUACCUGUAUAUCCUCAACCUUCUGAAAGCAUUCAGUAUUUUCCAGAUCCAAGGACCCAGAUAUCCUUUGAAGUUCCACAGUACCCACAGACAGGAUACUACCCACCACCUCCAACGGUACCAGCUGGUGUGGCUCCCUGUGUUCCUCGUUUUGUGAGGUCCAAUAAUGUUCCAGAAUCUUCCCUCCCACCUGCUUCCGUGCCAUAUGCUGAUCAUUACAGUACAUUUCCCCCUCGAGAUCGAGUGAAUUCUUCUCCUUACCAGCCUCCUCCUCCGCAGCCGUAUGGACCAGUUCCCCCAGUACCUUCCGGAAUGUAUGCUCCUGUGUAUGACAGCCGGCGCAUCUGGCGUCCACCAAUGUACCAACGAGAUGACAUUAUUAGGAGCAAUUCUUUACCUCCAAUGGAUGUAAUGCAUUCGUCUGUCUAUCAGACGUCUUUGCGAGAAAGAUAUAGUAGUUCCCUGGAUGGUUAUUAUCCAAUGGCUUGUCAGCCACCAAGUGAGCCAAGGACAACUGUACCUUUACCCAGGGAACCUUGUGGUCAUUUGAAGACCAGUUAUGAGGAUCAGUUAAGACGAAAACCAGAACAGUGGGCGCAAUAUCAUACCCAGAAAGCACCCCUUGUUUCUUCAACUCUUCCUAUGGCAACACAGUCACCGACACCGCCUUCUCCUCUGUUCAGUGUAGACUUUCGUACCGAGUUCUCCGAGAACAUAAGUGACGUACGUGGUACAAAAUUUGAGGAAGAUCAUCUUUCCCAUUAUUCACCUUGGUCCUGUGGCACCAUAGGCUCUUGUAUAAAUGCCAUUGAUUCAGAGCCCAAGGAUGUAAUUGCUAAUUCAAAUGCUGUGUUAAUGGAUCUGGACAGUGGAGAUGUUAAGAGAAGAGUACAUUUAUUUGAAACUCAGAGAAGGGUGAAAGAAGAAGAUCCUAUAAUUCCUUUUAGUGAUGGACCCAUUAUCUCCAAAUGGGGUGCAAUUUCCAGAUCUUCCCGGACAGGUUACCAUACCACAGAUCCUAUACAGGCCACUGCUUCCCAAGGAAGUGCUACUAAACCCAUCAGUGUAUCAGAUUAUGUCCCCUAUGUCAAUGCUGUUGAUUCAAGGUGGAGUUCAUAUGGCUCUGAUUCUACUUCAGCACACUAUAUAGAACGGGAUAGAUUUAUUGUUACUGAUUUAUCCAGUCAUAGAAAGCAUUCCAGUACUGGAGAUCUUCUAAGCAUUGAACUUCAGCAGGCAAAGAGCAACUCAUUGUUGCUUCAGAGGGAGGCCAAUGCACUAGCCAUGCAACAGAAAUGGAAUUCUUUAGAUGAAGCCAGUCACCUUACCUUAAAUCUCCUAAGCAAGGAAAUGGAUUUGAGAAAUGGAGAGAGUGAUUAUACAGAAGAUACAGCAGAUACUAAGCCCGAUCGAGAUAUUGAAUUAGAACUUUCAGCACUUGACACUGAUGAACCUGAUGGACAAGGUGAACAAAUAGAAGAGAUUCUGGACAUACAACUUGGUAUCACGUCUCAAAAUGAUCAGCUACUGAAUGGAACUACAAUGGAAAAUGGCCAUCCACUAAAGCAACAUCCAAAGGAACCAGUGGAGCCCAAGAGACAAAGUUUAGGUGAAGACCAUGUGAUUCUGGAGGAACAAAAAGCAGCCCUGCCGGUAACUUCUUGCUUCAGCCAGCCAAUUGCAGCAUCUAUUAGCAAUGCAAGUUGCCUGCCAGUCACCACAUCUGUCAGUGUCAGCAAUCUCAUCUUGAAAACAGCUCAUAUUAUGUCUGAGGAUAAAAAUGACUUUUUAAAGCCUAUUGCAAAUGGGAAGAUGGUUAACAGCUGAAAGGAGGUCCAUCUUUGAAAUUUGUGACUACACAAUGGAAGCAUUUACACUAGCUUUUUAUAUAUAUAUAAUAUAUAUUAUAUAAUGUAUAUUUUUUUUAAAAAAAUAAUACUGGGGGCAUCCAUUUCCUGUGGACUCUUUGAUACUUUGAGCCCUCUCACAUUAGCAUUCUGAAAAAAAAAUAAGAAUUUACUUUAUUAGGGUAACAAGUUCACUUUCCAGAAAUGAUUGGAAUUUGGACAACAUUUUACUUAAGCUUAAAGCAGCUUUUUAUGAGUUUGUAGCAAUCCGGUGCAGUAACUGAGCCAUUCCUCUUUUAAAUGGCUUCUAUAAAAAAAAAUUAACAACUCAGUUAUUAAACUAGCAGGAUCCUACAAUGAUACAUCUAGUGAAAGUCAACAUAACUAACUUAUUUGUGUCUUUUUUGUUUCACUGAGAGAAUUUCCCAUCUUCUCGCUGCAGCUGCUUUAUUUAUCUUUUGUUACGGAACUUUGCAUGAGAUUUUUUGUGGGUUUAUUUUUUUUCCUUUUGAAGAGUGAAGGUAGGCAGUCUUACCUUAGAUUUUUACAGGGUUAACACACUAGCUUUGCUUUACUGCAUAAUGUGUAGGAGUGUGGUACAGUGCUUUGCUGUAGCAUUACAGUUUUUAAAAAAAAAUUCUCAUUUUUCCAGGAAUAAUUUCUGCUUUAUUACUAUUGAUAUUUAUAUACAGGCUACUUGUUUAAGUAAGUAAUUUAAAAAUGUAACCAAGUGCCUAAGUCCUUCAGCUAACGUACUAGAUAUUGACUUCUCUUAAGUUAUAUGCAGAAUCGUUUUUAACAAUUUUGAUAAAUUAUGCACUAAUGUAAUGGCUGUUUUUUUAUGCAGAUUUACACCUGUACAUUAUUGAAUCCAAUGACUUGGCAAAAGAAUCAGGUGCUUUUAGGCUUUCUCGUGGAAACCCUGUAUGUAGUGUUUGCACUGACUAAUGAGAUGGUAUUGCUGGGUUUUUAAUUUAAAUUAAUUUGGGGUGGGGUGGGAAAAUGUUCAUUGAAUUGUCUUGGUUAAAUAUUGUUUAUCAUAAUUUCAUGUUCACAUUUAAUUUUGCAUGUUCUUUGGCUAUUGAGUUUCAGAAGGCUGUGAAACGUGUAAUAAUAUAGCAUUACCUGACUUCCAGUUAGACUGAAAAAACAGACCCCAAACCAAACAAGAAUGCUUUUUUGCCCUGCCAAAAUGUGACUGGAAAAGGUUGUUUUGACAUGGCAUCUGAAGGUAGAUAGUGUCAAUUGAUUAUACCCAAGUGUUCUGGAAAUAGAAUUCUUUGAAGCUUAAAAUUGCACAGUCAACAUUUUGAAAACAAAAGCAGGGCCCUCCUUCCUGGUUACCUUAUCUGUAUGUAGUUUUGUCUUUUUUCUUUCCCUAUUUCUUUGAGAUGAAUUUUACUUUUUAUUAUUAUUUUUAAUUAACUUCUGUGAAGUUGUUUAUUCUGAGAAUUGUACUGGAAUAUUUUAAGCCAAGCCGAUCUUUCACCAGGUGUACUGUAUGUAAGGGCUUUUCCUGCUAGCAAAAUGCUUAAACAGGAUCAUGUUAUUGGUCGUCUGAGUUGUUAAGUUGUUUUACAAAACCACAGCAAUGUAUCAGAUAAGAUUUUGAUAACAAAAGUUUU